GCACUACAGUUCCCGGCAGCCCCCGCGCCGUGACUCGGCCGGGGCGACGGCGGCGCGGGCCGAGAUGGAGUGAGGGGGCGCCCGGCGGAGGGACAGAGAGCGGCCCGCCGAGCUCCGGCCCCCCCUCCCCUCUUUAUUUCUCUCUCUCUGGUCUGGGUCUAUGCGGCCCCACAGAGACCAUGGGAUCCAGGAUCAAGCAAAAUCCUGAAACUACAUUUGAAGUGUACGCAGAGGUGACCUGUCCAGGAAUCAGCUGCGCUGGGAAAGAUCCUGAGGUGCGGAGGCAAUUCCCAGAGGACUACAGUGACCAGGAAGUUCUACAGACUUUGACCAAGUUUUGUUUCCCGUUCUGCGUGGACAGCCAUGCAGUUAACCAAGUUGGGCAGAACUUCACAUUUGUGCUUACAGACAUUGACAGCAAACAGAGGUUUGGAUUCUGUCGCUUAUCUUCUGGGGCCAAGAGCUGCUUUUGUAUCUUAAGUUACCUCCCAUGGUUUGAAGUCUUUUAUAAGCUGCUCAACGUCUUGGCAGAUUAUUCAGCAAAAGGACAGGAUAGUCAGAGGAGUGAGCUCCUAGAAACAUUUCACAAACUCGCCAUCCCUGAGCCAGGAACCUCUGUCCAUCUGGGAGUGCACUCUUACUUUACUGUGCCUGACAUCAGAGAGCUUCCUAGUAUACCUGAAAAUAGAAAUCUGACAGAGUAUUUUGUAGCAGUUGACGUCAACAACAUGCUGCACCUCUACGCCAGUAUGCUGUACGAGCGCCGCAUCCUCAUCUGUUGUAGUAAGCUGAGCACUUUAACUGCCUGCGUUCAUGGGUCUGCAGCAAUGCUCUACCCGAUGUUCUGGCAGCAUGUUUACAUUCCCGUUCUGCCCCCACAUCUCUUGGACUACUGUUGUGCCCCAAUGCCCUACCUCAUUGGAAUACAUCUCAGUUUGAUGGAGAAAGUAAGAAACAUGGCCCUGGAAGAUGUGGUGAUUCUUAACGUAGACACCAACACACUGGAAACCCCUUUCGAUGACCUUCAGAGCCUUCCUAAUGACGUGGUUUCUGCACUGAAGAACAGAUUGAAGAAAGUCUCUACAACCACUGGAGAUGGUGUUGCGAGAGCGUUUCUAAAAGCACAAGCAUCUUUCUUUGGGAGCUACAGAAACGCCCUGAAAAUUGAACCCGGUGAACCCAUCACUUUUUGUGAGGAGACGUUCGUGUCCCACCGCUCUGCUGUCAUGAGGCAGUUUCUCCAGAACGCCAUUCAGCUCCAGCUCUUUAAGCAGUUCAUUGAUGGCCGUCUGGAUCUUCUGAACUCUGGAGAGGGCUUCAGUGAUGUUUUUGAAGAAGAGAUAAAUAUGGGAGAAUAUGCAGGUAGUGACAAGUUGUACCACCAGUGGCUCUCUACAGUCAGGAAAGGAAGUGGAGCCAUUUUAAAUACAGUAAAGACCAAGGCUAACCCUGCCAUGAAGACUGUCUAUAAGUUUGCAAAAGAUCACGCAAAAAUGGGAAUAAAAGAAGUGAAAAACCGCUUGAAGCAAAAGUCAGCAUUACCCUCUAGUGCGUCCUUUGUGCCCCUUGCCCUCGAUCCAGAGCGUUCCUGGCGCUGCCGCUCACCUUGUCGUCCCGCGCAGGACAUCGCCGAGAACGGCUGUUCGGUGCCGGAGGAGCCGCUGCCGAGGACGGCGCCGUCGCCACUGGUGGACAAAAAGGACCCUAAAUUAAGAGAAGACAGAAGACCAAUCACCGUACAUUUUGGUCAGCAGCAAAGACUCCGUCCGCCCCGGCCACCACCUCCCAAGCUGCAGCGUUCGUCCAGGCCCGUUCGCCCACCAAGACCUCAUGUUGUUAAGAGACCCAAGAGCAACAUUGCUGUGGAAGGACGGCGGACUUCGGUGUCUAGUCCAGAACACCUUGUAAAGCCCUUGCGACACUAUACGGUCUUCCUCUCUGAGGACUCCUCUGAUGAUGAAUUUCAGCAGGAAGAGGAUCCUGUCUCUGGCUUCUCUGAAAACUUUUUCUUCUCUGCUCCUUUUGAAUGGCCUCAGCCUUACCGGGCCCUGAAGGAAUCUGACAGUGCUGAUGGGGAAGAGGCGCUCAGCCCAGAAAAAUCCAAAGAGCCUCUGGCCCCACGCGCUCCCGUCUCAAGCAAGGCCCCAGAAAUCAACCUCCUGGAGGACAUUUUCCCGAACUUGGAAGUCGAAACACAGGCUCAGCCUCUCAGCCAAGCGAAGAGCCUGGAAGACCUGCGGACCCCCAAAGAAGAGGGGGAUCAGCGAUGCACGUUUGAUUACCAGAGAAUGGAUCUCGGCGUGUCUGAGAGGAGCAGGAUUGUGCCAACCAUGAAGCUGUCUCACGCUUACAACAAGCUGUGGAGCAUGGGCCAUGAUGACAUGGCUAUUCCUACCAAGUACUCCCAGAGCUCCCCGGAAAGGCCCUUGGCCGCCCUGGGGGACGUGGCGCCAGCGAGGAGACCCCGCAGCAGGGACAGCGUCCUGGCUCCCGCGGAGAAGGAUGAACCGAAUCCCGCCGUUCAAGGGAACAUCACCAUUCCCAGGCCACAGGGAAGAAAGACACCUGAGCUGGGGAUAGUGCCACCACCUCCAGCACCCAGGGCUUCCAAGCAUCAGGCUCCAGCUGGGCCGACAGACAUCCUCACCACUCCCAGUACAGGACGUGGCCACUUGGUUUCAGAUCUUCUCCCAGAGCCCUUUGGAGCUGGUAGUGUCUCCUUAGAGCCCGAAAUCCAGCAGUCUGUAAGUUACUCCAGCACUGCUGAGAUGCUCCAGCCUGUCAAAGUGAAGACAGAGAACACAGGUAAUGAAAGUGACUUCCUUCUUAAUCUCCUGGAUCCAUUAAAAACAGCCGGAUGGCAAAGCAGUGGCCCGCAGCAAGGUCCCCGCAGCCUGCAAAGCUCAGCCCCUGCACCUUCUGCAGCCGGCUUCGCCUCGGUGGCAAGUGACUUUGUGCCUCCUCCCGCUGCACCGUUUGUCCAGCCGCUUGGUUACCCCUCCCCAGCAGCACCACCCCCUUUUUUACAGCCAUCUCCUAAUCCGUUCACACAGACAUUGCCAGGAGCCCUUUCGGUGCCUCUAGUUAGACCCGCAAGGGGUUCUUUCACCCCGUCUCUAGGUCACGCUUAUAGCUCUAGCUUCAUAACACCUAAUUCUAGCUUCUACCCACCACAAAGACCUCAAGCAAACAUUUCAACGCUCUCCAUGCCAAACCUGUUCAGCGCGGCCGUGCCGCCGGCUCGCUCCUUCCUGCUGCAGAGCCCCGGCCCGGCCCCCGGCAGCGCCGUCCAGCCCGCGGCUCCGGCUGCGCCCGCCAAAACCAGAGCGGUACAGGGCCCGGCCAGCGCCAGGGUAGAUCCCAAACUAGCGCUAGCUCUCCUGUCUAACGAAUCCCCUUUGAUCCCCUCCAGGCCAGCAAAGGGCUUAGAGUCAGUGUUACUAUCCUCAAAACCUGAGGAAACAAAAGAUCCAUUUGAAGAUUUAUUGAAAAAGACAAAGCAAGAUGUGUCAUCCACACCAGGUAAGGUUGAACAGCUCCGAAAGCGAUGGGAAACAUUUGAAUAAUGCUCCCAAUGGCCUUUGAUGUCCCUUUGGAAUUGACAGAGGAUUUAGUUGUUGUUGUUUUUUUGAGCCAGCAUAAGCCCAAGCAUUUCUUUGAUGGGAAGCUGAGCCAGGGCGGCUGCGGGCCCAUCACCUGCCGCAGCUCACACACCAGUGCUUUUUGCCCGAGUCCCCCCGUUGUCCUGUCCCCGCAAGCACUUCCUCCCUGAAAACCCCCAGGACUCUGGCGCUGACCAUGGAGGUCGUUGGGCUUGAGUUGGGUUUGGGUUGGUUUUCCACACGUAGCUUUUCAAACAUGCUGGUGCAGAAGUUGCUCCUUCCCUUGUAUUUCCAGUCCCUGGCCCAGCCGGGAGCACAACGCGGCACGUUGUACAAGGGGCUUUUCCUGCCUGUGGGUGCCGUGUUCAGUUUUCCCGCGUUCCAGCUGGGAUGUUUUGCUUUCACGUGUGAAGUGCAGCAAACACACCCGGACUGGGGGGCUGCACUGAGUUAAUCCAUUAGGGUCUGAGUUUGUCCUGUCUUGAAAUACAGACAUUCACGUAGGUGAGAUACUAGAUGAGCUUUUGUUGCAGAGUUUUUAUUUCCCUCCCCUGGUAUCUGGACACUGAGAGGUAACAGGGACCCUCUGGUGCAGAAUUGUCGUAAUUCCUCGUUGCACAGAGCAGUUGCUCAGGGUUUGGUCCUGCAGCUCUGGUGGGAAACUGGAAACACCAGCAAUUGGUUUUCUUUUUUUAGGUUUUUUAUUUGUUUGGUUUUGUUAAAUACAUCAGAAAAUAGAGGCCAUAAAGAGUAUCCUAGUUCUUAUGUAUGUGUAUGUUAAUAUUAUAUAUAAAUACUAUAAAUGACAGUAUAUGAAUGGGAUGUAACAAUAUCUUACUUGAUUAUUACAAACAAAAAAAAGCAAAAAACCCUGGGGUACAAAGUACGGGCUCCUGAGUUCGGUGCUGAGGCGGAUGGAGCUGCAGCGCGGGGCAGGACGGGCAGGACGCACCGGUCGGUGCCGGCACCGCGGGCUGUGGGGCCCGAGCGCUCGGCUCCCCCAGCCCAUCUCAGCACCAGGAGAAGCGUUUGCUGGUGUGAUGAGACAUUAAUUGCGCCAGGGAAUGGACUGUGAGGUCCCCACGUAUGAAAAUGCAAAGGAAAGGUUAAAGGGUACGUUUGGUCACGUUUCCUGAGACACUCAUUUGUGGCAAUAGUAUCUCCUGGCAUCCCUUCCGGGAGCCGCUGUCCUUGCAGUGAUCAUUUCUGUUUUCCUUAAGCGGUGCUUUUUUUGUUGUUUUGUAUUGGGCACAAUCUGAUGUACAACACGUUGCUCGGGAGGUAAUCACAUCACCAUGAAGCCUUUGAGAAAGGAAAUCAUUUUGGACACAUGGGGAAAUUCUUGUAAAGCUUUAUCUGAUUUCCAAUGUAUCUAUUUUAUUCCUAUAAUCUCGGAAGUUUUCUUACUCUAGUGUAUGCAGAUGGCUGUGCGUGCGAGUCUGUGCAAUACAAAAGAAAAAUACUCCUAAUAUCUGAAAUGCCACCGGUUUGGGAAAGCUCACGGUAUUACAUUGAUAUUCCAUUUUUCUGUGAAGUCCUGUUACUCUGACAAGCCAUUCAGCUGGGUUUGUAUUUUCUUUUUGUGUUGGACAACAGAUGGUUUUAGUAUUGCAUAGUAAAAUAUUUAAAAUGGAA